UUCGCUUACUCGUAAAAAAAAAGUGAUCCAAUCGUCCGUCUGACCGAAAAAACAGCCAACAAAAGCAGCAACAACGGGGUUUAGUUUUGUGUGUGUUGAACCUACGUUUGUGCGAUGGUUGUCGAACGUCGUCAUCGCGUUAAUUUACUGCGACGUUUUUCCUUUCAAAAUUAUAAUGUCAACCACUCGGACGGGUUCUUUAGUUUUUAUGUUUCAUCAGCUGUGAAUAAUAGUCAUAAUAAUCGCAUAAUUUCAAGUAUGGAUCAUCCGGAUCCUGCUGCGAUUUGUCUUUUGUCGAAAAGUGUAAUUUUGUAUUGUGAAUAAGUAGAAGAAACAGACAGAACAAUACGCACAACUUUUUUUUUUCUCGUGAAAGGCUUCAAAGGCAGACAGGAAAAUUUGCCAUUUUGCUGCAAUCUAAUGGCACCAGAUGGAUUUGUUGUAAUGUAAGGCGAACUGAAACGCAAGCUAGAUUAAUUUAGAUAAGAUUGGUUCAAUGGUAGAACAUUUUGGCUGAGCAGGAUCGUUCGGAGUCUAUUGGUUCGUGUAAAUGAAGUACUGAGUGACAACCAUAAAAAUAUGUUGUUUACGAAAAUAUGACCUAACUACGAACAGUAAGGUGAAUCUGUGCAAUGAUCAAUAUUGGUGUGUAAAUAAUGUGUAUUGUAAUAGGCAGCAUUAUUGGAAGAUUUGUCUGUGUCAUCAAGUGAGACGGAGUUUCUAGUUGAUAAGGAUUGUUCUAAAAAAAAAACUCGGAAAUUAUGGAUGAAAAUACGGGAUCCAAUGGCGGAGGCGAAACAGACAUGCAUUCUUCCCCUUCCUCCAGUCGAGUCUUUCGACCUGACACCUUGCGGGAUAUUCUGGACACGGCAAUUCAAUCCAAUGUUGAUUCAGCCGAGGCUUCAGAAUUGGAUGUUGACGCACCGCUAUUCGCAACCGGUGGCCUACAUGACUAUAUGCCACCACUGGUCCUGCCACGGGGACGGAAUGCUGCCAAUUUCUACGAUAACAUGGCUUAUUUUCCUCCAUCGGCGCAUGUAGAAACGGCUCGCACCAAUUUUGGCUUGUUUGGCCCCACUUCGGUUGGGUAUUUACCAUCUCAUCACCACCAGCAUCAUCAUCGUUCGCCUCAUAUAAUGCAAUCGGAUCGAUGCUCACCGAGUUUUCACCAUACAGCUUUCAGUUCGCGUCCUACCGGUACCGGGUCUUUCAUUGUACGCCAACCGGUGAAUGUCGAUCCAGUACCUGGUUCAAGCGAUGGCUCAAACUCUGCUAUGAGACCGAGGUCCUACUCAAGACCUCCGCGAUCCUCAGAAGAAGCCACUUCCAACUGGAACAAUCAAAACUUCCAUCAUACGCCGCAUUACUCAGGUGCUGGUAGUGGGGAUCGAGACGGGCGUGGUUGUUUCAACCGGAAACGCCACCACAACUGUGAUAUACACAAUAAACCCAAAAAAUCUACACAGUUGGAGAGAUCUCAUGCCCAUCACCCGGUGGUCGGAUCAGUAGAUUAUAGACUGAUCAAAAGGGAACCCCCGCCCAGCCGAUCACGGCCGCCGGUCAAAGCCGAACCGGAGGAGAGUUUAUCUGAACCAAAUAGGCCUUGCGAAAACCUGCUCCUACAAAUCAAGAAGGAAGAGAAACCGGAAAUGGGCGACAGUGCCAAGAUCAAACAGGAAAAUAACUGUCCCUGUGAUUUUUGUUUGCCCAAUCAAGGUGAAGAACGAAACUGUCAGAACCACCAUAAUAUGAUCAAGAAAGAACCAAAAGUAGAAUGUGCCAACGUCGUUAAACAGGAAUCGCAAGUCAAAAAGGAGGAAGAUUGUAAGGCUGAAUCGGACAAGCAGGAAAUAUAUGUUCCCACAGUAGCUGUUCCCUCGGAAGAGCCAAUGCCGGGUCCAAGUGGAUUGAAUCGUCACCUGCAAGACAUCUUGCAGCAGGAUAGAGGUAAUAAGCACGGGAACCGCUUUCCGGUUUUUUCCGAUGACGACGACGACGACGAUGAUGAUGAUGAUGAUGACGACGACGACGACGAAAACGACGAUGCUUGUGGUGAUUAUUGUAGUGGUGGCUCGGACGUUGCUGCCAAAAUCAGAAACACAUCCGAUGCCAAUGUGGAGUCAGGUUGUGAUCUCAGUGACCUGACCGAAGUCGAAGUGGAACCGGUAAACACAACUGACAUCAUCAAUGAAGCCCACGCCGAUACUUCCGGUCCUAAUCUGAACAACUCCACGAAUACGAGCAUGAUGGUGAUCAAUUCUAGUACAAGCAGCCUGGAGGAUGUAGUGGACAACCAACGCAGCCCAGAACCGAACAAUGAUGAGCUGCCAUUGGAUUGUGCUAAGGUCGAAUCGCAACAAAUCCAGGAUUCUCAGCAGCAAAGUGACGUCCUUUCGGCACCGGAUCUGCAGCUGGAUUGGGUCACCGAUACGAGCAGUAUCAGCGAUGAUAGUGAUGUCGUUGUGGUUUAUCCAGACGCGGAGAAUGGGCGGGAACCGAUUGAUCUGACCAAUGAAUCUGAAGAUGAAAAUGUUGGUUGGAUGGGCGACAGAAGAAUCGACGAAAGUCGCAGUCUUAGCAGUCUGGGACGUUCGCCAACGUCUUCGGAGCAGAAAGCGCGUAAUUUCGUAAGCCGGUCGUCGGGAUUCAUGGCCUACGGGACCCAUCCGGGAGGAGGUCGGAGUUCGACGCUGCCGGAACCUGGUCCUUCAACAUCACAGCCGCAGCAGCAGCAUCAACGUCUCCGACAGUACCACAGUCCUCAGCAGUCGCACUCGCCCAUUCCUGCACAGAGGCACUUCCGCACGUGUCAGCACCAUGGUGCACUAGAUGGUGGAUUUUCUCCUAGUGGCCGCCGAUGGAACAUGGUUCCGCGAACACCGCGUCAGGAUGCCAGCAUGAUGCGACCGACGCCAUUAUUGUCGACGAACUAUCCGGCCGCGGGUCAUUCCCAGGAUAUGCAUCGUUCCACGGUGGACGGAGGAACGGCUGGCACUGCUUCCGGUGGAAUUGUUGAUAAUGCGACUAAUAGCAAUGCUGGUACGGUUAUUGACAACACCAGCAGCGGUAGUUUUAGUCGCAUGAAUCCGUUCUUCGGAUACGACUUUUUGGAUCGGGAACAACAGACGAUGAACUCAAGUGUCGGGAACUCCUCAAGUGGCAGACGAUGGAAUCCACGUGGCGAGGACGUUAGUAGGUGCAGUGGAGACGCAAACGAGCAAAGAUUGGGUGGUGCUCAUGCGCCGGUUGAUACCCCCAUUGAUUAUUCUAAUAGGUUGGGUCCGACCGGUAGAGACUAUGAUGGAGCAAACAGUCGUAGAUUCAACGACGACAACAACAAUCAAUCCGGAUACGAAUCCGGACGACAGGCACCACCUCCAGCAGGAAGCAGUCAACCAGAAUCACGAGGCUACCGCAAUUAUAGCUAUUCGAAUCGGAAUCGUUACCUGCACUCAGGUGGAGUUCGACCGCCUUAUGCGGUUCACGAAAAUCUUUGGAAUCGGCAACACAAUAUGCAAGAGGCUCAUCGGCGCAUCAUGAUGAUGGGAGAUGUUCUUAAUGAUUAUAACGAACGCUCAUCGCCUCACCACGGAGCGUUGCGGUCGAGAAAUAAUCUGAUCAAUUCUUCGUACAACAGUGGAUCUGGAUCUAACGCUGCUCAUUCCGGCGGUGCUGGCCCUAGUGGAUCCGGUACAAGAGGAGAACUCUUCGAUGAUGGCGGACCGUACUGGUCUGAUCGCAAUUUUAUUCCCCAUUCGGGCGGCCACAGCUAUCAGCAAGAUCUGCGUGUGUUCAACCAUCGACCGAGGAGAGUCUCGUACCAUACCACCGUAUAUCCACCAAUGAGGCGAAACGAUCACCAACAUGUCCAUCAUCACAUGUACCAUCACUUCCAACCGCAAGCUAUUCUGAACAACGCACCUCAAGUUCACUUCAGCAUAGGGCUUCGCCCGAGUCUACUAUCUAGCCUGAAUCGCUUCGUGCGCGUUAUUGAGGAUACGUGUUCCAAUCGGGGGGCCACACAGGAAAUGAUCGAACACAACACGUUCCCACACAAGUACAAACGAUUACGUCGUGCCAGUGAGACGGAUGAGGAUAGCGAAAAGUGUACCAUCUGUUUGUCUCAGUUUGAAGUCGACAACGACGUAAGGCGCCUCCCGUGUAUGCAUUUAUUCCACAAGGACUGCGUCGACCAGUGGCUGGUGACCAACAAGCACUGUCCGAUCUGUCGGGUCGACAUCGAAGUGCACCUAACCAAAGAUUACAGUAUAUGACGGCCGGAUGGAGACGGUCAGGUUCGACCUCCCCGCAGGACGCGCAUCGAAGUUUAUGAUUUCGAUGAGACCAGCCGCCGCCAUCAUCAGCGUGAUUCUCCGCCGUUGUAUUUUGCUCCUUCGCAUCAGCGCCUUCCGUCUUCAUCGUACCACCGAUCAUCAGCGGUCUCAUUCGGUGGCGAAGAUGAUGGAACGUUUGUCUUUUUUCCCAGAGAGAGUUAGAUUUUGUUAUUUUGAAGGACAAGAUUUUCGAGUCCUGAGGCUGGAAUACUAGCGUUUGUGAUGCAUCUCUAUAAAUUUCCGUUUUUUUUUUCGAUAGCGAAUUCCAUUCAUUUUUUUU